GGCAUUGAAAGAUUAGAUAGCCGUGAGUCAUUAUACUCAGUAUAACUAUAAACGGUAACAAAUAAUGAGAGUAGUUUAUACCAAGUGCGCGAACAGUGCUAUUGAUUUGUGGAAAUUAUGGAAAAAUUAAUUAUCCUCUUCGCCGCGGCUGUUUGCGUUUCGGGUGCAUUCGUGCCCGUUACGCAAAUGCAGGGAAGAAUUGCUAACGGACAACUCGCUGCCGCGUCACAAUUUAACUACUCGAUUUCUCUACAAUUAAUAUCCGAAGUGGGUAACUACAGCACAGGUCACAGUUGUGGUGGAGUUCUUGUGACGCUCUCCCAUGCUUUGACUGCCGCGUCCUGCACUUUUAAUCGCUCGUCCGGGGAGCUGAUCCCGUUCGACGCCAGCGAGUUCAGAGUUUUCGCCGGCGGUGUUAAUCUGACUAAUCAGUAUCCCGACCUUUUCCGAGACGUAGCCAACUACACUGUACAUCCACAAUUCGUGCCACCACCAGCGAGCAUCAACGACAUUGCAGUCCUCACUCUUGUCGCGCCGUUCUUGGCGACGCUAGUGACCCCACUAGCCUUACCUUCUUCCAACUUUGCACCUGCCGAUAUGUCACCCUGCAUUCUUGCUGGAUGGGGAAGCUCAACUCACAAUGAGACUGGUUUGAGGUUCACCAACAAGUACAUCUACAAUCAAGCUCUUUGUACUAGUGUCUUCGCUUCCUUGCCCAGCACUAGUAACAUAUUCAAUACCAUGGUUUGUGCCGCAUCCCUGGAUAUCGUCUCUGCGGGAUGUCCGGAUGACACUGGAAGCGCAUUGGUUUGCGACAACCAGCUGACUGGCAUCUUGUUCCACACAAACAAUUGCAACGGAACUUCUUUUCCAGAACUAUACACGAGAGUGUCUAACUACACCUCGUGGGUUCGUUCUGUGACUGGUGGUGCUUCUUCUUUCAAGCCUGCUCUUAACAUCUUGGCUAUGCUUACAGCUUUCCAAAUUAUAUUCAUGAAAAUUAUUUCCUAAUGUGAUUAAUGUAUCUGUUAACUUUGUGAUAUUGUGUAUAUGUGCUUAUUUAUAAAUAAAUUUAUUUAAGAUAUUUCAAAAUAUUCACUAAACUU